CACUGGGUCGUGUCGUGUCGUUUCCAAGUAUUAAUCAUUCUUAAUUGCGUGUUGCAGAAAUUUUGUUGGUUUUCGGUGAACGGCAGAAUCAGUUAGCUGUGCAAUUUAACAAUAAAUAGCAAUUAUUGCGGUGUCGUUGUGGUUGCAAACAUUUUCCAGAGAAUAAAUCCCUUAAAGGUCAAAGCUUCAACAAUCGAAGAGACAUAGCGAUAAAGAGGCAAAUUGUCCAAAGAUAUUUCCAGGAGAAAUAAACAAAUCAAUUGCUAAAUCGUAAAAAAAGCAACAACAAUGAUGAGUCGGCAAUCGAAUUAUUUGCUUCUGUGCUUGUUUGUGGGCCUCUUUGUGGCCAAUUUUGGUGAAGAAGGUACCACAACGGCAGCAGCUGUUACCAGCACUGUGCCUGGCCAUUUGGAUACCUCGACGUCAUCUACUGAGAAGCCAACAACUACUGUAACACCAAUAACAACAACCACUUCUAAACCCAAUGAAACUACAACUAUACCAACAACCACUUCUAAACCCAAUGAUACUACAACUAUACCAACAACAACAACACCAGUAACAACAACACCUGUCCCACCAACCACACCUCCCACUAACACCACCACCACAACCACUAAACCAACCACAUCCACAACUACGCCAGCAUCGACAACCACAACACAACCAACCACAACUCCGGCUCCAUCACCAUCAACCACCACACAGGCACCACCAGUACCUCCAUGCCGACGUUUCGAUGGAUCCUCAUUCAUUGGCGGCAUUGUCCUAACUCUGGGACUGUUGGCCAUCGGCCUAGUCGCCUACAAGUUCUACAAGGCUCGCAAUGAGCGUAAUUACCAGACUCUUUGAGCCGCCACCGCCUUUACGUCGGCCUUCAAUGCUGCAGCCGGUUCGGCCGCAGCAUCAGCAGCCGCAUCUCAUAACAAUUCCGCCACCGAUGCAGCCGAACGUGUAAGAUUUGUACAACCUUCGAUACCGUUGCGAUCACCGCCUGCCCAGCCGCCGCCGCCUCCGCCAGGAGGUGCUUCAGCUGCUGUUUCUGGUGGUGGUAGUGGAAUCGGGAUGGGAGGUUUGUCAUUGCAAAACCAACAACAAGGUUCGCCAUCGGCCAGAGACCGGCUGCUGCAUACGUAAUUUAUUCUCGGGGCACACACAUAUAUAGGCAUAUAUAUAUAUAUAAUACCGAAACUAUAUCUAUCCAAAGAGUCCCCCUUCUCAUUCUUCUUAAAAAACAACUAAUCGCAAACCUCUGAGUCAAAUUGAAAUAUUAAAAAAAAAAAACAAAAUUUAAUUCGAAUUCCGAUUAAUUGUUUAUGCCCUUAUACAUUUCAUAUAAAAAGAAACAAAACUUACUUUACUUUAUUAUCCACAUAUAUAUAUAUAUAUAUAUAUGUUACACCAAAUCUCCCCCACUCCUCUUAUUCGUAUAUGCCCUAUCAGCUUGAACAAAAUAAUAUAUAUAUAUAUAAUAUGUAUAUCGGAAUAUACAAUUUAUAAAUCGAAUGAAUCACAA